UAUGUUGGCAGAUCAUAGCACCGGAGGAGUCGAAGCGGCUCAACGCGGUGGAGUCGACGUUCGAGGAGGCGGAGUCCAUCGCCAAGGCGAUCGGCCCCGCCGCGAAGGUGGUGGCGACCAUCAGCCCCGGCGAGAGGGGGCCCCCGCCGAGGUCACGGCCAACGGCGCCCUCCAGGUCGUCCGCGAGGCCCAGCUGGCCGGGAUGGGCCACGUGGCCGGGGUCUACGACUCGGCGACUGGGAUAUCGGGGCCGUCCAUCUACGACGUCCUGGACGGGAUCACUUCCUUCUUCUCCAACCUCUUCUCUCGGUCCCAGCCGCUGGCGCCGGGGGAGUUCCUCUCCAAGGUGGUGGAGACGGACGUCACCUACACCCUCAUCAAGGCCCGCCUGACCGAGGACCUCCGCCGGUGGCGAGAUUGCAGAUUGCUACACUCGUCGCUGAUGUUUAAAGAAGCCCAAGAGAGAGCAGAGGCAGCUGGGUCCUCCCUGGAUAAACCUCUUGAGUAGAGCAAAGGGAUUUGGUGUGUAAUUCUCUUGGGACGACAAAACAAAAACACAAAUUGCCACCAUCAGAGGCCAGGCCAAGGCUCGAAAUCUGCCACCACAGAAGGCAGCAACAAAGCAACGAGCUGGGAAAGCAAAACCUAAGCAGACUGAUAGCCCAGACGAAAAACCAGAGCUGAGGAAUGUAUUUGGUUUUCAGC